CAACGUCAACUAUCAAGCAAUUCUCAAUUACAAUGGCUCGCACUAAGCAGACCGCUCGCAAGUCGACUGGUGGCAAGGCUCCCAGGAAGCAGCUUGCCACGAAGGCUGCCCGCAAGACCCCGGCCACCGGAGGAGUCAAGAAGCCCCACAGGUACCGCCCCGGCACCGUCGCGCUUCGAGAAAUUAGAAAAUAUCAGAAGAGCACUGAGCUGCUCAUAAGAAAGCUACCCUUCCAGCGCCUGGUCAGGGAGAUUGCUCAGGAUUUCAAGACCGACCUGCGCUUCCAGAGCCAGGCCGUGCUGGCUCUUCAGGAGGCUGCAGAGGCUUACCUUGUGGGCUUGUUCGAGGACACAAACCUGUGCGCCAUCCACGCUAAGCGUGUGACAAUCAUGCCCAAGGACAUCCAGCUUGCCCGCCGCAUUCGUGGCGAGCGCGCUUAAUCUAAGAGAUAGUCUAUAUCCCUUGUUAUAUAAAAACGGUGUUUAUUAACACCACCAUACCUGGACGUCCCAAAGAUGCGACGCGUCUAGCUUGUUAACGGUCUAAAUUCUUCGUUUGCCUACAGUGUAAAAGUUAUUGAGUUCUACUUUAAAAACUGGCCAUUGGUGUCGCUAGCUGAACUGGCUAGAGCCGAGUGGCAGCGAUCUCGCUAUUGUGGAAUGUAUUGCAACAACGCGCCGCACACGUGGGUUCUUUUCUCUUCCCUUCAGGUAGACAAAAACACUUCCGUCUUUUUACGCUAGGCAACUUAUUUGGUUUGCAGUACGGGUUCGUCAGGCUGUGCACUUAAACACGUGUAAACAAGGGUUGGG